CUCGCGGUUUUGGGACUUCAUUACCCAAGAUUCCCGGGACUACAUUACCCAGGACUCUCCGGGCGGGUGUUGUUCACUGAGGGAAAACAGCGGCGGCGGUCCCUGUCCCCGGAGCUGAGGUCGGUGUCCGUGUCCCUGCAGCCGGGCCCAGCUCACGGCCUUCGCCGUGGCAUGGAGGCUGCAGGUGGCGGGCGUUCCCUGUCUCCGGCGGCCAGGGAGCUGCUGCGGUCGCUGGGCAGCUGCAGCAAACACGCCUCGUAUCUGAGGCAGAACCUGAGGGAGACCAAGAAAUACUUCCGAGAGCUGAGGCACUCGCACGGCAGCAGCCCCGGGUCCCAGGAAGGUGAGCAGGGCCUGGGAGAGGGAGAGGCCGGGCCUGGAGAGGCUGACAGCCAGCCUACACUGCUGGAAGGUUCUUUGAGCUGCAUAUCAUUCCCACGGCAUGAAGAGGAGUACCUGCAGGCAACAGUGGGCUCUUUUCCAUGUAUUAUGAUCCUGGGUCAGAACUGUGGGGCCAAGUGUCAUGUACUAAACAGUCUCUUGGGUGAAAAACUCUUGCCAGUCAUCAGGAGCAGCAAUGAGAAGAAAUGUAAAAGGAGACGGUUGAAGUUUACCCAUGGAAAGAGGACCAGUAUUAGCCUGGCCUUGCCUGGUCAAUAUGUGUUGGUUCAUCACCUGGCAGCACACCAGGGCAAAUGGGAAACAAUUCCUGAGGAGGACCUGGAAAUCCAAGAUGAUAGUCAGGAUCCCGCACAUCGUGCAGCACAUCUGGAGGUAACAUUGCAUCAUCCGUUGUUGCAGGAAAUGGAUAUUCUUGUCCUUCCAUGCCAUGAAAUUGGAGCUGAGGUGGGCAAGCUUGAUGAGUGUUGGCGACAUUCCCUUCCAAUUAUUGUCUAUGCCAUCAGUGAGGACCGUUUGACUGAUUCAGAAGAAAGUGAACUGCAGGAGAUGAGGGAACAUUCCUUGCCUGCUUUCUUCAUAAAGGUACCAAAGCUCCUGAACGUUUUCCACCCAGACUCUCCCUCUGGUCCAGACAAGGACAUACUGGUGAAAAACUCCAAGUCUGAAAAGGAAAAGAGCUAUCUUUACCGUCAGCUAGCCAAGUUGGACUUCCUGAGUCCCAGCAUGGGUGGGCAAUUCAACAGCAGCAAAGCUCAAAGCAUGUUGGUGGAACACUUUGAGAAGUUUCGGCAGCUUGGUGUCUUUGCUAAGCAAGUGGUACAGAUGCACCUUGUGGAUGCAGCAACUGUGCUCAACGGUGUUCACUGUCGCUGUUUGGACAUUUUCAUCAACCAGGCCUUCGACAUGCAGAGAGACUUGCAGAUCACUCCCAAGAGACUGGAGUACACAAGGGACAAAGAGAAUGAGUUAUUCCAGUCACUGAUGAACAUAGCUAACAGGAAACAGGAGGAAAUGAGAGACAUGAUCGUUGACACACUCAGCAGCAUGAAAGAGGAGCUCUUAGAAGAGGCCGCAAACUUGCAGUUCAAAGACAUAAUCAUCUCUGAGAAUGGUGAGACUGUUGGCAAUAAGGACAUUAAGUGCUGCAUCAAACAGAUUCAAGAGUUGAUUAUUUCUCGGUUAAAUCAGGCUGUUGCCAAUAAACUUAUCAGUUCUGUAGACUACCUUCGAGAAAGUUUUGUUGGGACCCUUGAACGCUGUCUCAAGAGCUUGGAAAAAUCCAACCAGGAUUCUGCCAUGAACAAUGCCACCAGCAAUCACCUGAAACAGAUUUUAAAUGCUGCGUAUCAUGUUGAGGUCACAUUCCAUUCGGGAUCAACAGUGUCCCGACUGCUUUGGGAACAAAUCAAGCAGAUUAUUCAUAGGAUGCCUUGGGUACAUCCCCCAUCUGUUACCAUUGAGUGGAAAAGGAAAAUUGCACAGGAUGCCAUAGAGAGUCUCUGUGCAUCUAAACUUGCCAAGAGCAUAUGUAGUCAGUUCCGGACCCGGCUCAACAGUUCACACGAAGCAUUUGCUGCCUCUCUGCGACAGCUUGAAACAGGACUUUCAGGAAGGCUUGAGAAAACGGAAGAUCUUUGGUUGAAAGUGCGCAAAGACCAUGCACCCCGCCUGGCCCGCCUUUCACUGGAAAGUCGUUCCCUCCGGGAUUUGCUGUUGCAUGGUAAACCUAAAUUAGGCCGCGAGCUGGGCCGUGGCCAGUAUGGAGUUGUGUACCUGUGCGACAGCUGGGCCGGUCACUCGCCCUGUGCACUGAAGUCUGUCGUGCCUCCAGAUGACAAGCAUUGGAAUGACCUGGCACUUGAAUUCCACUACACUAGAUCUUUACCCAGACAUGAGCGACUGGUUGAUCUUCAUGGGUCAGUAAUAGACUACAGUUAUGGAGGUGGAUCCAGCAUUGCUGUACUGUUGAUCAUGGAGAGGUUGCACCGAGACCUCUAUGCUGGACUGAAGGUUGGUCUGAAGCUUGAAGUACGUUUGCAGAUUGCUCUUGAUGUCGUGGAAGGUAUCCGAUUCCUCCAUCGCCAAGGCCUUGUGCAUCGAGACAUCAAAUUAAAAAAUGUCUUGUUGGACAAGCAGAAUCGAGCCAAAAUCACUGACCUGGGAUUCUGCAAACCCGAAGCUAUGAUGUCUGGGAGCAUUGUGGGGACCCCUAUACACAUGGCACCUGAGUUGUUUUCAGGCAAGUAUGAUAAUUCUGUGGACGUGUAUGCAUUUGGAAUCCUUUUCUGGUAUCUGUGCACUGGCACAAUUAAACUCCCAGAGGCGUUUGAAAAAUGUUCAAGCAAAGAUCAGCUGUGGAACAAUGUGAAGAAAGGUGCACGGCCAGAACGGCUCCCUACGUUUGACGAGGAAUGUUGGCAGCUGAUGGAGGCAUGUUGGAAUGGUGACCCGUCCCAGAGGCCCUUGCUAGGAAUUGUUCAGCCCAUCCUGCAAAGCAUCAUGGACAGACUCUGCAAAAGUCACUCCGGGACACUCUGCAAAGAUGGCUAAAUGUGAUGAGAUUGGGGGAAAACCGCGUGGAUUUACAGGAACUCCCCACAGUGGGGAGAAGAAAGCAAAAGACGAACUCAGUUUAUUGAGGCAGGGUUGUUUGCAUUGAGCGCAGUAUAAGUAUUAACACUAGUUCAGCAUUACUGUUUACCUUCUGCUAUGCAGCAAGAGAGCAAAACUUGAGAUUUUUUAUCCAAUGUCUUGGACUUGUACGGGGUUGCAAUAGGACAGCUUGUUGGGAAUAAUGCAAGGAACUCAUUAGCUUUUUUUUUGCCAGACAGUAUUUUUGAGCAAACCUUGCUUAUGGUUCCCCCAAGUUAGCACAGAAUACCAUUUAAAAGGUGUAUAUACAUAGGAAUGUAACUGUUUUCUUAUUACCUCUCUUCUCUUGUUCUCUGCAUUCCAUUCUGAUCCAUGGAAGACUGCAUGGAUUGCAGCUAGUGGAUAAAUGUUCUUUUGCCAGGGAAGAAGGUGUAAAGGAACAGUAACAUUUUGGUCAAAAAUUAGCACCAUGCACCAUUCAUUUUCUGUCAACAGCUUCCAAUACUAAGCAUGGUAGUAUAUGUUUAUGCACUACUAGCACUUGUCCUCCUUUCUCUGUCCACAAAUAGUGCCACUUUGCACUAUUUUUAUGUUUAUACUUUUAUCUUUGGAGCUCACAGCUGUUGGGAAAUUAUGCAGCGUUUCACAGUUUCCUUGAGUUUACUGCUGUGUGAAUGGAUUGGAGCUGGAAAAUGGACAUGGUUACUUCUCUGCACCAGCCUGUCCCUCUCCCAGAAUCUCUCUUGAAGGUAUUGGUCAGUAGUUUCUAGACAUUGCUUGUGCUCAGUGUUGUUUUACACAAGAAUUGUUGCUACCUCUCUUUAUUUUAAUUGCCCUAAAACCGCUCACUGGGAUCUUUUGCAUUAUAAUCUUUAACAAAAUAUCAAAGAACAAUAUCACUACUGCACAUAAUCAUUUAGUUGAUUAAAACCUUGGAACUGGGGCUGCAAGGAAAGCAUUGAUGCCUGAAAGGUGAAAGCAAUUCAAAUUUUUACUUUUAAUCCUUCUAGCAACGUGUCAAUGAUUAUAUUCAGCUACCACCCACAUAUUUGUCAUCCAAUGGGCCUUUCAACUUCUAAUCCUAAAGUAGAUGUCAUACCUGACCGAGAAGGAGGGAGGUUAUGACAAUCUUGAUCUUUCUCUCUAGCCAUGAAAUUAAAGCAUUUGAAUGCCUCUGGAUUGAAGACCCUUCCCAACAUUUAACACUAUUGUACCUUCCAUUACUCAUGGCUCCAUUUUUAAAUUAUUUAUCAGAUUUUGGCUAUUCUGAAAUGGUUGCCAGGUUAUAAGAGCACAUUGGUUAUAAGCGAAUUUUGUAUUGUUGCUAAGUGAUAAGUGAGUUAUGGUAAGGGAUCUUACAAAAGAGAUGGUGAAUAAGCAGCCUUGUUUGACACUCCAUUCUAUUUUCAUGAAAAAUUGGUAUUUGGAUUCAAGAUUCUCCAUCUUCUGGCUUUUAUUUCUGGCCAAACCUAUUUUCACCCUGUUUGGUGAUUAUUUUGUGUUCUCAUCUACUGUUUUUUUAUGCAUGUGUAUUUGUUAUUUUUCAACUUGUGUAGAACUUUGUUUACUUCAGUGUAUUUAGCCCCCCCUCAACAUAAAGGGGCUGUGUUGAGAUUUGCCCAGUGGAAAUCUAUUAUCUUUAUGAAGUUUGGUUCUUCAAUGUUUCCUUUUUUGUAUUAAUGAAAGAUGGCAGAAUGCCUUUAUCUGUGUAUUAUGAAAAAAUGAUACAUUGUGUGGGUCUUAACAUUAGUUAUGUUAAAUCUGAGUUUGUGCCAAAAGAGCCAAUGAAUAAGGUCUAAGUGACAGGAAAUUACCACCAAUGGAUCAAGUACAUCCUUAAAACACAAUCUGUAAAUUUGCACUUUGACACCAGCACAUCUAGCCAAGUUUUUUUCUGAACUGAGCUUGCUAGAUCCGACACUCCAUUCUUCUACAGUCUACUUGAAAGUGAUGUAACACUAACGUUAUUACAAAAAAAAAUCAUUCUAGUUGCAUUAGAACAGACUCUUGGAACAACUUAUUUGGUAUUUUGAAUAUUUUAGUUUUAUGCUUUUGGUGCAGAAUACAGUUAUUGAAUUGUUGGUCUUUCGUUCGCUGUCUGAGACAGUGUUUAGUUCUGUUUGAGGGAAUGGUUCUUGAGUGUCAGCUAUUGGUUUAAAUGAAAGAAUGAAGGCCCCAAUCUGCAAGUCAGCUUGUCUAAAGAGCGACACAUUUAGUACAGAAACAAUUUGGCAAGAUGUUUUAAUAUAGGAGAUGACUGGCCUUAACAUCUUGAGACCUGUAAUGUCCAAACCUGUAACAUGAAAUAGUGAUAAUAUGGAAUAUAGUUAAGGUUUCUCAAGUGAGAAUUAUGAGGUAGGUGGAAUUUUUCAGAUGUAAGUGUACCAUAAGGACAGCUUCACCUGGGAUAUGUGAGAAAGGUACCUCUCAUUACCAAUGAGCCUUUUGUUCUUUCCCUAGAUUGUUUUAACCAGUAUUGCUUUUGGAACAAAAGCAUCAUAUAUUAUCAUUUAAAAAUCUUCUGAACAGUGCAGUAGAAAAAUAAUUUAUUAAAUUGGGAGGAGAUCAAAAGGCAAAUAGCACCAUUGAUGUGUAGUUGACCCAAUAAUUCUAACUUUGAAACUUUUAAUGCCUAAUUUGCGUUACUGUGAGAAUGUAGGUGGAGUGAUGGAUCCUAACAUGGUAUCAUCUAUUUGCUGAUCUGUGCCGAGAUCAAUUACCAAUCAGUUGUUGUUUUCAGCCAACUUUUUUCCUGUUUCCAAAUUUUACAGCACAAGUGACAGAAGCAUCAAUCUGCAAUAUGUCUUUGGAGAAAUCACAGCAUUCUGAAAGACUUCACUUGGACGAAUGCUCCUUACCCCAUUUAGUUCUAAUGAAUGUAGUAAACAAAUUGGACAGAAGGGAUGGGAAUGCAUAUAAUUUUGAAUUUGUUUUUAAAAAGUGAAGAGGAAGGAGCUGCUAUACUGUGAGCACUUGCAAGUAGCCAAGUAUUUAACUUCACCUUGCAGAAAACGUUUAAUCCAUCAAAACAGAGACCCAACUGGGAGAGUCUGUCUGUUCACACAACCUAAAGUUGGUUUCAUUUGUGUUGUCUUAAUCUUACCUAAAUUUGGGUUGUGAUUCUCUGAACUUUCUUCCCUGAGGCCCUGUACCACCACAACCAACCACCCCUACCCCAGAGACUACUAACAGCAACAGUGGUAUUUGAUCUAUUCUGUCUGAAUAAGAUUUGUUUGGUUUUCAAACCAGCCCCAUCUUAAAAGUAAAUGGUUAUAACCUGAAAGCAGUGAACCUUUAGCCAGUUAACUUGCACAUCGUCUUUUUAUGUGCAACUUGUUUGUCAAGUUUUCAGAUCCACCUGCUGUGAGGGAUUCUCAAUAGUGCAUGUAUUUGAGUAAACAAAUCUAUUCUCUGCACCAGCCUCCCCCACACAGACACCCGUUCCAGGGAAAAACAGGAGUCUGCUGUGUAAAUUUUUUUCAUCUAAAAGGUAAUCCUGGCCCUUGAUAUGGCUGGAUUUGUGUUAAGUUUCUUGGCAGGGAGUUGGUUGGUUUAAACACUGAGCUUCUGAGUGAAGGGAUUGAAAUGUAAGUCUUGGAUGGUUGAACUGGAGAGUCCAAAGAAGUGCCACAUACAAUUUGUAACUGAUUCCUGUCUGAACGCCUGGGGGGAGAAAUGGUCGGGUAACAGUUUGUCAAGUCACUGCAAUGAUGAAGGUUAAAUGCAGGUAGCUAUCUAGGUGUAGGAGGCAAGCUGAUUAUCCCACCAGUAACAAGUAGCUGCCUGUUUUUAUAUAUUUAAAAAAAAAGCACAACAAGGUUUCUUAGCAAAUCAAAUUAGGUAGUUCCCUUUUAUUUCCCUUUUAUUUCUUUUAUUGGUAGUCCAACAUGCAGGAUUCAAAGGUAAACUAUUGAAGAUAUAAAUAGAUUGUAAUAACACUAAUUCAGAUCACUGAAUCUUGAUUAUUCUAACACAGUGGUCCCAGUACACCAAUUUUAAAUUGAAACUUAAGUAAAUCUCUCCUCAGUCACACAGUGACCUGUAAGAUGUUCUUAACACCUCUCAUCCCAUUUAGAAAAGCUGUCUGAGAACGGGUCAGUAUUUCUAGGAAGAAGCCAAGAGCUUUGUAUAAAAUGGGUUGCAAAAAUAUGGUGACAGGCAUGUCUCCCUUUUAUCGCACUUCAGCUGCAGACAGAGACUUCAGCUGCAGAUAGAGGCUUGUAUAUUUAAUUUUUCAAAGUAAGCACUUGGACUGACAGCUGCACUGGGAAUACCCAGCCCCCCUCUUUCCACCCACCCCCCCCCCCCCCAACCAGCAUGGUUACUUGGUUCCUGCAUCGAGCUGAAACCUGUUGUAGAGCGUUGAAUCGCAGAGGAGGUGAGGUGAGCUCAGCUCCGUCCAGUUUUACCUUUUGAAACACUAUGGGAAAACCAGUAGGCCUCUGGCUGCUGCAGUUUUAAAAAGGUAUGUCCUCCUGCACACGUUUGACUCCUUUUGCAGGGUAACACCAAUUACACCUUGUUUUGUAAAUUCCCACCUAUCGAAAGGAGUCUGACUUUCUUUCCUUGCGUUCAAAUUGCAGGCUAGAUGGGGUGAGGGGCGGAAAACUGCCCACGUAAAGCAACUCUAAGUGAGAUGUUCCUAUCUAUUUGCAGUGUUACCUAAACCAUUUUUGGUUUUAUUUCCUUUUUAAGGCACUUCCACUCCAUAUUAAAACAGUGUUUAAAAACUUCUAAGAUGUAUACUCUAUAUUUAACAUUGCACACAACCUUGCACCUUCUCUUUUCUCUCACUUCACUUAUCAGGUUUUCCAAAUCCUUUCUCAUUUCUUGAUUUGGUGACAUUUCACGAUAUCCGUAUGCCAUAGAAGUUGACCAAUGAGUGUGUUUCUGAGAUAAAACCAGCCACUCGAUUUCUCAUUCAUCGCCCAGGCUGAAUAAACACUUGUGCACAUGGUUUCAAUUCAUGUGACACAUCCAGAUCCAAACAACUGUAAAUUAAAUAUGGUUUCUUAAGAUUUUUGCCCCUUGACAUGUUAAACUGUGUUUGUAUAAUGUACAUGAGAAAUAUCGAUAAAGGUUCAUUAAUCUUUUAAUCAAAACUGUAUUGUAUAAUUGACUAAAUCACUGCACUUUACUUCUAAUUUUGUAAUAGCAAUUAAUCUAGAAAGCUUAUUCCUUGUCCCUUGUAAUUUUUUACAUUUAUGGCCUGUAUUUUAGUCCAAUUCCAUAUUAAUUUACGUUUGUUUUUGGGAGAGAAAUUGUCUUUUGGAUUAUUGUUAAUUGUUUUGAGGGCCUUUUGGUGUUUUGGUUGUUGGGUUAAUUGUCAAAUGUUCUCAACUUUAGUUCAGUUGUAAACAAUAUGUGUCAAUGACAGAAUCAUGAGAGGGAGGCCAAUAUAUUGAGGUUGCAAUAGCCAAAUAAUACUUAAAGGAGGUCCCUGUAGCGGUAGCUGUUACUCAGGCCACUCUCAGUGCAGCAGAUUCUGAUAACAAUAACAGGAAGGGCUUUUGUUAGGCCUCAAGCUAGGUGAACAGGACAAUGUUCUGCUAAUACCUGCACGGUGCUGUUCUUACAGGAAAGGGCAGUAAUGUUUUCAGCAGACUAGUAUUGUUUUUUUAAAUCUUAAUUCUCCCCUUCUAUCCAGUAUUGCCUUAGACGUCAGUCAGGAUGCCCUAAAUUCCCAGGUGGUGGUCUGCUAAUUGUUUUCCAAUCACCCAAUAUAGCACUUGCUGAACCUUGCUGCCUUAGUUAAACCCUGGAGAAAGAAUACUACUACCAAGAAGGGUGUUUUGUGUCUACUUGGAUUUGAAUUCCCUCCACCAGCCCUUCUCAACGAGGGGACUGGAGGAUGAAACAACAACUCCGUAUGUCAUAAUAAGGGUGAAUCCUUUGGGGAAGAUCUUAUUGGUCAACUGCACAAUUCAUUAGCACAAUCCUGCAUAGAACAAUUAUGUUUACUUUUUUGUUGGUACAUUCUGAUACAGGUUUGUUUUGUUUUAAUGUAAAUGGUGACAAGACUUGGCAUCAUAAUGGAGAUUUUUAAAAUACUAAAUCUGCUUGGACUCUUCUGUGUUGAAAAACAACUGGUUGGAUGCAUUCUUAAUAUUUUACCAUUGUGUAUUCCUUGUAAUCUUUCUCCAGUUAAGCCAUUGAGUAAAGUUAAGAUAAAGUGUUUUUAAAAAAACAUUACCUGGUUGUUAAAAUGCCUGUGCUGUAAAAUCCUGUUUUAAAUCAAGAAAACUGAAAAAAUAUACAAAAUACAAGGUGCUAUAAUAAAGAUGAACAUUAACCAA